ACCUCACCCACUACCUGUAACCUCACCACUACCUGUAACCUCACUCCUAGCCUCAUCCCUGACACAUAAAGGAUGCCCACCAAAUCCUUACAUUGACGAGGCUCGUUCCCCCCACAAGUAUCCCUCUUCCCCCUACCCCUUCCCCUCUCCUUCCUGUAGAGCUCAAGGUGAGGAAGGUCUAGUGGAGAGGGGCAGCAAUGAGCUGGUCCCACCCCAGCCAGGGUGCACCAGUGUGGGGACAUGCUAUGGAGAGAAGCCCCCUAUCCUGAGUGCAAAACCCAGUCCCAGUCCUAAUAACAACACACAUCCCCUGGGUGUUAGCCUGGGCAGCCCUGUACAGCAGCAAGAUGGGGAGAUAGACCCUUGGGUGUUUUUCCCGAGCCCACAAUCUCACCUGGCGUUGUCAUGGUUACAGAGGCGCACCUGUCCGUCUGGCCGAGGUCAGAGGUCGGUGGCUUUAGUUUCCUCCAUCAGUGACUCGCGAUUGGAUGGCUGCCACCGCUGCUGCUAUAACUCUGCCCACUCAGGGGUCAUGAACUUGACGUCAUCACCCCAGGGGUCAGGGUUCAAGGAGGAGGGGACGAUGACAUCACAGAGGGAGCUGGUUGAGGUAGGGGUGCAGGCGGGGUCACCUCUAGGGUCAAAGUUCAACUUUAGGUCAAAGUCCUUCCAGAGCUCCAUAAAGGAUCAUGGGUCGGACAGUAAUCUGGGGUCUCCCCCUCGGUCCCACACCUGCAUUGGCUCCAACUCUUAUCUAGGUUCACAGUCUAUCUUGGGGUCCCCUCCAGGGUCAAGGUUGAACCUGAGGUCAUCGCUUGGCUCCCACUCCAACCUAAUGUCGCCUUCUUCCAGUAUGUGCCGUCUGGACAGCCCUGGAGAGGAGAGUGAGGAGGAGGUGAAGUGGGAGGAGAGCAGCUCUCCCCUGCUGGGGGAGAUGGGGAGGAGGAGGUCCUGUCUGAAGGUGGUGGUACAGGAGGAGGAGAGGAGGAGGAGUGGAGAGAGGGAUCUCAGCAAAAGGAGGAGUGGUAUGAAACAGGUGCAGUGGGAUGAAGAUGGACUGACCUGGGAAGUUUACGGAGCCUCCCUGGACUCAGAGGUGCUCAGCUCAGCCAUACAGAAAUACCUACAACUCCUGACCAGGACAGACAGCACAAACACAGAAACCACUUCCAAGACCAAACCCAAGUCAAGGGUUAAGAUCAGGUCUAAGACCAAGACCCCUCCCAUGGAAACCGCUACCACGUCAACCCCUGUUAUGACAACCAAGCUCAAGACCCCUCCCAUGGAAACCGCUACCACGUCAACCCCUGUUAUGACAACCAAGCUCAAGACCGCUUCCAUGGAAACCGCUACCACGUCAACCCCUGUUAUGACAACCAAGCUCAAGACCGCUUCCAUGGAAACCGCUACCACGUCAACCCCCGUCACAAACAAAAGAAAGGCCACUUUCAUGGCAACUUCCCCAAUGGCAACCCUUGUCACACCCUUAUCGAUUAAUACCAUGGUGACUGCUGCUAUAGAGACUGAGACUGACACUAAAGGAGAGGGAGAUAGAGAGGGAGACAGAGAGGGAGAUAGAGAUAGAAAGCGAGGAGAGGUAGAGAGAGAAGAAGAUGUACAGAGAGAAGCAGAGGGAGAAAUAAAGGGAGAGAGAGAAGGAGAGGUAAAGAAAGGGGUACAGAGGAGGAGGGGACACCGGUGCUGUCUCGUAAGUCGUCAUCCCAUGAGAGUGGGCGGCGCAGAAAGAAGAGUGGAGGAGUGAUGAGGUCACUAAAGCGAUGCGUUCGCUCCUCAAACCCCAAUGACUAACACUGGAAGCACACCCAGAAGGUGGACAUUCUCCCAUUAUAAGACUAACCGAUGACUGUAUAGGACUAACACAGGGGGUUGGUGUGGUUCAGUCUAAAAGGGAAGAGUCAUCGUAUAGCCCCAACACUGGACUCCAUCUGUAUUGCCCUAACACUGGAGGCCAUCUGUAUUGCUCUAACACUGGACUCCAUCUGUAGCCAUAACUAACACUGGACUCCAUCUGUAUUGCCCUAACACUGGACUCCAUCUGUAUUGCCCUAACACUGGACUCCAUCUGUAUUGCUCUAACACAGGAGUCCAUCUGUAUUGCCCUAACACUGGACUCCAUCUGUACAUAACUAACACUGGACUCCAUCUGUAUUGCCCUAACACUGGACUCCAUCUGUAUUGCCCUAACACAGGACUCCAUCUGUAUUGCCCUAACACUGGACUCCAUCUGUAUUGCCCUAACACUGGAGGCCAUCUGUAUUGCCCUAACACUGGAGGCCAUCUGUAUUGCCCCAACACUGGACUCCAUCUGUAUUGCCCUAACACUGGACUCCAUCUGUAUUGCCCUAACACAGGACUCCAUCUGUAUUGCCCUAACACAGGACUCCAUCUGUAUUGCCCUAACACUGGACUCCAUCUGUAUUGCCCUAACACAGGACUCCAUCUGUAUUGCCCUAACACAGGACUCCAUCUGUAUUGCCCUAACACU